AUGUGUAUUCGGAAAACACUUCUUUUGCUCAAGAUUGGCGAUACACAAGCAGCAAAAGACUGUCUAGCUACUUGCUCAACAACAGACGACAACCUCAACCUACAAAAACAAGUCCUGGAAGCACUUACCCACUGUUCCUCUUCCUCUCUCCCCACCGCCGUCUCCUCUUUACAAUCUCUAGCCAAAACCUACCCUUCCAACCCACUAAUCAAACACAACCUCGCCAUCGCAUACCUCUACACGAACAACGUUAUUCUCGCAUCAGAAAUCCUAGAGGUGUUGGUAACAGAAGAUGAGGUCCUGUUUCCUACUUUGCUGUUUAAUGUUUCUACGGUUUAUGAAUUGAGAACCGAAAAGGCUAGAGAGAGGAAAUUGGAAUUGGUGGACAGGGUGGAGGAGGUUGGGGGUGGGGGAAGUACGGGGAUGCAGGUUGGUGGGUUUGAGAAGGGGUUGGCAGAGUUUAAGUUGGCUUGA